UCGUCCCGUCGCGACUCACCGCAAGGCGGGGACUGUUGUUGAGGGGCUUCGGCCGUCAGAGUAGACAUGGGGGCCGGCCGCACGGGGGCUGCGCUUGCCGCCCUAGGAGUGCUUAGUGUCUGUGCGGCCAGCGGCGCAAGGCCCGUGGCGGAGGGGGAGACCGGCGGGGAGGUGGAGUGGGCGGAGCCGUGGGACGGCGCAGUUUUCCGGCCUCCCUCCGCGCUGGGCGCAGUGGGGGUGGCGCGCGGUCCGGGGACCCCGCGGCCGGGGAGCGGGGAGGCGGUGGACCUGCCGGUGCUGCUAUGGUGGAGCUCAGGGCUGUUUCCUCACUUCCCGGGCGACUCGGAGCGCAUCGAGUGCGCGCGCGGCGCGUGCGUGGCGUCCCGGGACCGACGGGUGCGGGGAGACUCGCGGACGCGCGCGCUGCUCUUCUACGGCACCGACUUCCGCGCGUCCGAAGCGCCGCUGCCGCGCUUGGCGCACCAGAGCUGGGCGCUCCUGCACGAGGAGUCGCCCCUCAACAACUUCUUGCUGAGCCACAGUCCGGGCAUCCGCCUCUUCAAUCUUACCGCCACCUUCAGCCGUCACUCGGACUACCCGCUGCCGCUGCAGUGGCUGCCCGGGACCGCCUAUCUGCGCCGCGCGGCGCCUCCGCUCCCGGAACGCGCGGACUGGCGCCGCCGGGGCUACGCGCCGUUGCUCUAUCUGCAGUCCCACUGCGACGUGCCUGCGGACCGGGACCGCUACGUGCGCGAGCUCAUGCGCUACAUCCCGGUGGACUCAUAUGGGAAAUGCCUGAAGAAUCGGGAGCUGCCCACGCCGCGGCUACAGGACACAGCCACAGCCACCACUGAGGAUCCAGAACUCUUGGCCUUCUUGUCACGCUAUAAGUUUCAUUUGGCCCUCGAAAAUGCCAUCUGUGACGACUACAUGACGGAAAAACUGUGGCGCCCCAUGCACCUCGGUGCUGUGCCUGUGUACCGCGGCUCUCCCUCUGUGAGGGACUGGGUGCCCAACAAUCACUCCAUCAUCCUCAUUGACGACUUUGAGUCGCCGCAGAAGCUGGCAGAGUUUAUUGACUUUCUGGACAAAAAUGAUGAGGAAUAUAUGAAAUACCUGGCAUACAAGCAACCUGGGGGCAUCACCAACCAGUUCCUUCUGGAUAGUCUGAAGCAGCGGGAGUGGGGAGUGAAUGAUCCUUUACUGCCUAACUACCUUAACGGCUUCGAGUGUUUCGUCUGUGACCACGAACUGGCUCGGCUGGAUGCCGAGAAGGCCCAUGCAGCCUCUCCUGGGGACAUCCCUGUCCCUGAGCCUCAUAUUGCCCAGCCCUCACACAUGGACUGCCCAGUGCCCACACCUGGCUUUGGCAGCGUGGAAGAGAUUCCUGAGAAUGACAGCUGGAAGGAGAUGUGGCUGCAAGAUUAUUGGCAAGGCCUGGACCAGGGGGAAGCUCUCACUGCCAUGAUCCACAACAAUGAGACACUGCAGAGGAAAUUUUGGGAUUACCUAACUGAGAUCUUCAUGAAAAGGAACCAAAAUCUCUAAUUACUCUUGCAAGAGUCCUUAACUUGAUAGAGCUAAGGAGAUGGAAGUCCUUAUUCUACCAUGGGACAUGAAGGGUAUCUGCUAUGCAAGUUCUUAAUGAACACUGUCUUACCAUGAAUUCAAAGAAUAAGUUAUAUCUACUGAUAUUUUAUCCUAAAGAUGUGUAGCCAGGGUCUCAGCCUAUGGUAAUAGGGCCUCUCCUCAAGGAGAGAUGGAGGCAUCCAGUUCUUGGUUUAGUGGGAACCAGAAGCCUGAAACACCCAUUUGAUUAAAGGUGCUGAUCAACAAAAAUUUUAAAGAACUGCUUAUUUCUCUAGCCAUAUCAUCCUCUCAGUCAUGAUUGGGACAACACAUUAGUACUUGGCUGUGAAUGAGGUAAGAUGGGCCAGGUUUAGUGUCUUUAGAAAACUACUGUGCUAUUCCUCAAACCACUCAUUAUUCAGUACCUUUCCCAAUCUCUUUUCCUCAUCUCUUGCUUUAUAAACUGUUAUGUUGGUGGUGAAGCAAAACUCCUGGUGGGUUGUAUUCUGGCUCUCUGGAGUUGUAUUUUUUAUAUCAUUUACUUUGCUUUUCAUGUCAACCUUUUCAUUUUGAAUGGCUUUUUCUUUCCUGGUUUUCCACAAUUUCUGAUGGAGACGGAGUAGCCUUGCCACUAUUCCCACAUUCGUUUUCCCCAGCAUUAAACUGCCUGUAGAUUUGACAGCUUUUCUUACUGCUGGUUUGCUUCUUAUCUAGGGCAUAUCUGAAAUUCCU